AUGCCGCCCAUAGAGAGGGAUGCCCCUCGUGACCAGGAUAGGCCCAUGAAACAUCAACAUUCCGGGUCUAUCGACCACCGCGCCUUGGUCCCCAUGUGGGACAGCUCUGAUCCCGAGCGAGCACCCCCUCCGCUCCCGCUCAACCCGCAGUCGCCCAGCGUCUCCCGCGCCGGCACCUCGAGUGCCAUCCAGUCGGCUCAUGCCGCGAUGGCCGAGAAGGCCCGUGAGAGCGCCGCCUUGGUACCGCAUGUGCCCAAGCGGGUCGACGCAUCUCCAGAACGGUCCGCUUUGCGGCCAUCUUCCCAUCGUCGCAUGCAGUCGCUCCAGCCUCCUUCGGUCAAGGACAUGGGUUUUAUGCUGGAGGGUGGCGGCCGUGAGUCGCCCCAGUCGGCACCAAGGUCGCCCGAGAAGAUGGAGAGGCCAAGCACGCCCCAGAGGAAAGACACCCGGGACCCCUUCGUGGAGCAACGGGACGACAGGCAAGACCGGUCGGCCACUAGUACUCCAACGCCGGGUCCUAGUCUGACCCCCAUCAUCCGCCCGGCUGUCCGGCGACCCCAUCACAGCAUUCUCGGCGAGAACACCCCUCCCCAGUCUGCCACCAUGCUCGCUCUGCAAAACAUGACCACCCAGAGCAACAACACCACGCCUGUACAUAAAGAGCCCGAGAUUCCUCUGGCGAAUAUCACAAAUGGCUCCAAGCCCAUUGUCAAGCCCCCAGCCCCAGGGCAGCUAGACUCACUGUCCAGCCAGAUCCUCAGCCUUACUGAUAUCGCCACCACUCUCCAAAAAGAGAUGUCGCUGCUGAGCAGACGUAGCAGGGACAACGCCACAGACCUGCUCAGCUUGAAGGAAGCCACCAAUGCGCGAGACGAGGACAUCCGCAAAAGCCUUCGUGAACUGAUCACGGACGCCAAGACACGACCCUCCACCACCCGAGACCCUUAUGGAGGGCCUCUGCUUUUGGAAGGGAGACACCCGCCCUCGUCUCCGACCCUGUCAAAGUCGGCGCGCCCGUUUUCGUUACCACGAAUACCUUCUCCCAACAGCUUUGCCGCCUCUUUUGACAGAGAGUCCCUCCUCAGCACCCCCUCCCUCGUCUCCGACGCGCCACCGCCGUCGUCCGCCACGGUUGCCCUGCUCGAAAAGAUCAUGCGAGAAAUGGGCACCAAGGACGGCCAGGAUGCGCUCCUUAACCGCCUCACCGAGCUUGCCGAGAAACUCUCCGGUAUGGCUACGGCCGGGAAGGUCGAGGAACUUGCUCGGCUGGUCAAGUCCAACCAGCAACAAGCCGUCAUCCCAGCUGCCGGAGGAGGCCGGGGGGGUGGCAGUGAUGGGGGUGCUCGAGACAGGAACUGGAGUUUUGACGACGAUGAUGGUAUGUCACGUCGGGGAGCCCUCGACUUCCUCCACGCUGCGGCUUCUGCUUCGCAAGGUUCACGCAUGCUGCCAGGCCAGGAAGGCCGCAAUGCCCGAGGCGCCGACGUUCUCAACGACGAGCUCAUGCAAGCCAUCCGAAGCGUUAAGGACAGCGUCGCCCAAGGCGGCGGCCUCACGGCUGAGACUAAGGCGCUGGUGAGGGAGCUCCGUGGUGAGGUCCUAGGCAUGGGGCGCGAGAUUGGCCGCCGAUUGGAUGAGGUCGCUGAGAAGAACGUGGGAAGCUCGGAGGCCUUCACCAAGGCCGAGAUGACCAAGGUCGUCGAGGAGGGGCUGUCUGAGAUGAGCCAGCAGAUGAACAACCUUCUCCGUGAACAUCGCCAUCAGUCCGCCGCUACCGUUGGCUCCCGCGAGUCCUCGAUUGACUACAAGGAGAUCUACAACAGUGUGCGAGCCGCUCUGAAAGACACGCAGGCAUCCAAACCUCGCACGCCGGAGCUCCGAAGGGAAGACGUCGUCCAAGCGGUCAAGGACGCCUGGGAGAAGUACAAGCCCGAGAUCGAGAUCCAGCAGAUUGGCUUGGAACGGGACGAGGUCCUUGCCUGUCUGCAAGAGGGCCUUCGUGCAUAUGCUCCCCGGGACGACCGCCCCCCCGGCGCCACCCGGGACGAAGUGUUCCAAGCCGUUAUGGACGGCCUCAAGCACUACGUCCCUCCCAAGGUCGAAACCCCGGCGACGCUGUCGAGGGACGAGAUCCUCGAGGCCGUUAGGGAGUGCCUGGAAGAGUUCGAGUUCCCCGUCGCCCCCGGCAUGGGUACCGAUAUUACUCGAGAGGAUAUGCUGGAUGCCGUUAAGGAAGGCCUCCACACUUUCGACUUUCCUACACCCCAGGCGCCGCCCCCUCCAUCCGAUCUCACCAGGGAUGAUGUCCUCGACGCCGUUACCGAGGGCCUGCAGUCCUUUGACUUUUCCGUCAUCCAAUCCAAUGCCUUGGUGCCCCAGUCAGUAUCUAAGGGAGACGUGUCGGAUGCAGUGAAGUCAGGGCUCAAGUCUCUCGACCUCUCUUCUGACAUCUUGGAUGCCGUCAAGGAGGGUCUCGACACAUCUGACCUUUCUGACAACGUGCUGAAAGCCGUGAUGCAAGGCCUCCAGACAUUUGAUUUCUCCGCCACCAUCCCCCGCCCUGACCUCUCGAGGGUCGAUGUAGCAGACGCCGUCAAGGAAGGGAUCGAGGGCCUUGACUUCAGUAACAGCGUUACGCUUGCUGUCAAGCAGGCGCUGCAGGGCUUUGACUUUUCGUCCGCUCAUUCGUCGGCGCUGGUACCCCGCGGAGACGUCCCCCGUGCGGCUGUGCCCGAGGAAAAUGUGACGGAUGCUGUUAAGGAGGGCCUCAAAUCCCUCGACAUCACCAAGGAUGUCACUGAUGCGGUCAAGAAGGCGUUGGAAGUCUUUGACUUUUCCAACUUCUCUUCCGCUCUUGUGGCCCGCCCUGAGCUAUCCCAUGCUGAUGUCGUUGGCGCCGUCAAGGAGGGCCUUGGCACCACCAAUCUCUCUCAAGAUGUUGCGGAUGCAGUGAAGCAGGUUCUGGAAGGCUUCGAUUUUCCCACCUCUUCUUCGGGCCCGGACCUGUCUCGCGUUGAUGUGGUUGAUGCCGUCAAGGAGGGCCUCGAGUCGCUGGAAAUCUCUGCUGACAUCGGGGCCCUCCUGAAGAAGGAGCUCGAAGCAUUCGACUUUUCCUCGGUACAAUCCAACGCUCUGGUCUCCCCAGGGGGGAACAAUGAAGAGGUCAUGCAACGUCUUCACGAGAUCAAGGAGCUCUUGCAGACCGAGAUCAAGGCCGCAUCUGAGGAGGCCAAGGAGAAUAUUGCCGCCAACGCUCUGGGCACGGAACAGGUUCUUGACGCGACCAAAGAUGGGUUCGAAAAGCUGCGUCAAGAGAUCGAAGAAUAUGUCGACCGCGCAAAGGGCGAGUCCAACUCCCAGGAGGUUAUGGAUCAGCUUCUCAGCACCCUCGACGGUUUCCGCAAAGAACUGGCCGAGCUCGUCACACGGUCUUCGGAUAGCUCUCGGGCGAUGCUGAAGGAAGAAGUAGAUACCCUUCGCGACAUAGUCAACUCGUCAAUGGUGCCUGCCAUCCCCCAACCUGGUAACAACAAGGAGGUUAUUGAGGCUCUCCACGACGGCCUCCAUAGCCUUCGGUCAGAGAUCAGCACGCGGCCAAUUGCUGGUCUCAACGAAAUCUUGGAUGCGUUGCAAGAAGGUCUGGGCGAUAUCCGCACUAGCCUCAAUAACCUUCGCGAUAAGCCGGCAGAUCUGACGGCCAACGACGAAAUCCUCGAGGCACUCAAAGAGGGUUUGGACAGCGUGCGGACUGACAUCGACACCCUCCGUGAGGAAACCAAGAACGACCGGGCCUUGGCUACCAUCGGAGAUGACUCCAAGGCCGUGGUGUCUACCGAGCAGACGCUAAAGCACGACGACAUCAAGAACCUUGAGAUGUUAAUUACUCAGCUUGGCAUCAAGGUCGAAGCUAUGGAAUCGGCUCCGAAGCCCACCGUCUCCUCUCUUUCAAAAGAAGACCUGGCUGGGAUGGAGAAGACCCUUCAAGAUGUUGCCCAGUCGGUUGCCGGAAUGCCAAAUCGGGAACCAUUCGAGGGUCUAGAAGAGAGUAUUCGCAAGAUUCAAGAGACUGUGAAUGACUUGGCGACCAAGGAAACAGCAGCGCCUCCGCCUGUUCGGGCCAGCACUGAUGCAGCCUCGAGGGAGGACGUCGAGGCGAUUGAGACGAUUCUUCGAAACACAAAAUCCCGCCUCGACGACCUCAUGGACGGGGAGCAGGCUGUCCGCAAGGAUCACAUCGACACGCUGGAGACCCUAAUUCUCGAGGCACGCGAGAGCGUCAACGGCCUGUCCACGCAGUUCGACACCAUCUCGCGCAAGGAACACAUCGACGCCUUGGAGACACUCAUUGACGACACUCGCCAGAGCUUGGGCGGCCUGGCUACGCAGAUGGAUAACCUGUCUCGCAAGGAGGAUGUGGCCAUGGUUGAGUCGCUUGUCAACCAGAUAGUUGCUGCCUUUGACGACAUGAAAGAACGUCACGAGAAGGCACUCGAGGAUCCCGAGAAGAUCACCAAGACGGAUGUCGAAGCGGUUGAGGCAGUGUGCCUUGAUACAAAGUCGCUCAUUGAGCAUAUCCAGAAGGUCGACCUUGUCAACCUCCCGUCAAAGGAGGACCUCGAGGCUCUGGAGAUCCGUCUGGGCGAUGUCAAGGAACGGCUUGAUGUGCACGCCGAAGCCAACAUCAAGGGCUUCGAGGACCGUCAAGCCGAGAUCGUUGGCGUGAGCGUGAACGUCACCGAGGUGAAGACCGUUCUGGAAGAGUUCCAGGCCCUUAUGAGGUCCAAGCUUGAAGACGGCGCUCGCGGGAUCGACUCAAUUCAUACCAUCCUCGAUACCUUGACCGACAGCAUCCGCAAGAACGAAAACAUCAGCGAGGAUGUCAAGGAGGUGCUCGAUACCAUAAAGCUUGAAUUUGAGGACGCCAAGACGGGCCUUAUUGGUGUCAAGAUCGAACUGGACGAGAAGCUGCAGACCAACGCCGACGUACUGCUAUCCAAGUUUGACGAACGCAUGUCUGAGCUGAUGACCAAGUACGAGGAGCUCCAGCUCAUCCAGGAUGAGCGGGCCACAAAGACCGAAGAAAGGGACCUCGAAAUGGAGGCCGCUGUCAGCGGCACAAAGGUUAUUGCUGAGGAGCUUAAGUCGCUAGUUGACACCCUCGGCACGGCCGUCACCGAUUCCAUGGAGAAGAUGGAGGAGGCUUCCAAAACUGUCUUCGAGCGCGUCGAGGAUCUUGUCACCAAGUCAGACGAGAACCACACUGAGGACAAGGCCGAGCAUCAGCUUACCCGGGAGCAAGUCCAGGAAGCCAUUGGCAAAGUGGAGGGUCUUCAGGGCCAAGUGUCUGAGUACCAACCCAAGAUUCUCGAGAGCGUUCAGGAGGUCAUGCUGGUUCUGGCCCAGCACUACGAGCACCUCAGGACGUCUACCUUGGCAAUCCAAGAGCGGGUUGAGCACCCAUUACUCCCUCCGCCUCCUGAGAAGUACGAUGACACAGCAGUGAUUGAGAAGCUGGACACUCUUGUUGGUCAUACUCAGGUAGCCGACAAGGCGUUCGAGCAACUCGAGACUCUUAAUCAGGUCCAUACCCAGGUCAAGGCAACGGCAGCGGAACUUGCCGCCUUCCUCGCCGCCCAGACCCAGCGGAUCGCUGAUGAGCACGAGGAUCGCGAGAAGACACUGCAGGAAGCCACCAUCGCUCUUGAACGGCGCCGCGAGGAGAAGGAACAGGUCGAUGCCCUCAUUGCUAACCUCAGAGAAGAGGAGACUCGCCUGAAGGAGUCGAUCACCGUCACCCUUCCCGAGGAGCACAGCAAGAUUCAUGAGCAGUUCCUUGCGAAUAUGAUGACGGAGGAGUCCCGAAUUAAGGAGGCCACGACCGCUCUUAUUGAGGAACAGACGCAGCUGAAGGAGACCUUCCUUACCACCCUCAAGGAGGAGCAGGCUCGUUUGAUGGAGACAAAUGUCGCCUUGAAGGAGGAGCAAGACCAAAUGAAGGAGGCUUUCCUCAACAACUUGAAGGAAGAGCAGGCGCGCCUGAUGGAGACGAAUGUCGCCUUGAAGGAGGAGCAGGAGAAGCUGAAAGAAACCUUCCUCAGCAACCUCCGCGACGAGGAAUCUCGGCUCAAGGAGAUGAACGAUGCUCUACGUGAGGAGCAGCAAGGUCUCAAGGACACGUUCAUGGCCAACCUCCGCGAAGAAGAGUCGCUUCUGAAGGAGGUGAAUGCCAGUCUCCGGGAGGAACAGGAGCACAUGAAGGAAGCCUUCCUAGCCAACUUCAAGGCGGAGGAGCAGCGACUGCGCGAGGCUAACGAGGCCUUGAGGAAAGAGCAAGAACAAAUCAAGGUUACCCUUAAGGAGGAGCAAGAGCGUUUCAAGAUCGAACUGCUUGCCAACCUGAUGGAAGAGGAGGCCCGCCUCAAGGACGCGAACGCUUCUCUCCGCGAAGAGCAGGAACAACUCCGCGCCGAAUUCCUUGCCACGCUCAAGGAGGACGAAUCGCGGAUGAAGGAUAGCCUUCUCUCUCUGCGUUCUGAACAAGAGAACCUCAGCCGCCAAAAGACUCGUCUCACCGCUGACCUCUCCUCCCUCGAUACAGCCCUCCGCCUCCGCCGCGAGGAACUCCACGACAUGGAAGCCCGCGCGGAGAGCCUCGAGCGCCGCAUUCUUGAAGGCGUCAUGGACCAUUCCCGGGUACUACUCAUGGCCAAGACCAACCGGGCCGCCGCCAAUAGCAGUCGUGACUCGAUGAGCCGCAAGCGGGUGUCGUCUUCGCAGAGGUCGGCCGACCCCGCGCCAGCGGCCACCGAAGCUGGCGCCACCAAGCCGCGGAGCGCCAUUAACCUGGCCAUGUCAGCGCGCAGUAAGGCCAGCACCCCCAACGGAACUUCCUCGUCUGCCUCCAACCGCCGGAUCCUCUCCCUCAGCCAGAUUACCAACAACGUACCCUCCGGAGGCAUGAAGCGUAGCCAGAGCGUUAGGACCGCUGGCGGGGCUGCGGCGUCAAGGGGGCUGCGAAAGACUAGCUGGACAUCGUCUGCCGCUGCCGCUCCCGCAUCAAAGGGGUAUGGCGAUCUCGGCGGCGGACUUUCUGACGAUAAGGAGAAUACCGGGAUGGGGAUGGACUUGGAAGAGGGGGAUGAGGACGCGUACAAUGAGCACCAGCGCGAGAGGGAGGUGUCGCAGCCGGUCCCGCCCGUCAACAUCGUCAUCUCGGAGCCGACCAACGCGGAACCUGAGGUUGUCGAUGUCGAGGCCGAUGUGACGCCUUCAACGGAGUAUGAUGGCGAGGAACCUCUUGGGGAGGAUCUUGCUGAUGAGGAGGACCGGUUCAGUGACCUCGGCGAGGAUGUGGAUGUUGACAGGGAGGAGGAGGAGGAGGAGGAUGCGAGGAGUCUCAGGCGGUCGAGCCACGGUACGACCGUGAUCACCCCUGCGGACGAGCAUGAGCUUCAUGACGGCUGGUCUGAGAAUGAGGCUGGUCAGGGGAAUGGAGAUGACAUUGACGAUGCGGCGAGCGAUUGGACGGAGAGCGUGGUGGGCAGGGAAAGCGAUGUUGGUAUGGAGAGGGAAGCAAGUGUGCCUGUUGCGGCGGCGAGUUGA